AUGGCGGAUUUUGGCGAAUAUCCGCCAAAUAUGGCGCCGCAAGAUGCGCUCAUAGUUCGAGAACAAGCUGAACCUGAUCAUGCUGUUGUGCCUUACUCGGCUGAAGAUCUAUCACGUCCCAAGGCUGGACCAUUGAACCCGUUCAAGGACGAGAACAACAUUCUGAAGCGCAAGAGCGUCCCAACUGGACAUGCAGAGGAGACUUUCCUAAGCGAACACACAUUCCGGAGCAAGCAUCGUGCUAUCGAGCGACGAGGUGGCCCUGAACGAGAGUACCAGACGAAUGCAGAGCAAAAAGCAGAGGCUGCCAGGAUACGAGCUGGGCGAGAGAGCAAGGGCAGCGCAACGAUUGCGGAGGGACCUGGGUCUUAUGUCGGGCCUUGGGCACGAUACAAAAAGGCAGAAUACGAGGUUGUUGCGGACGACGAAGAAUUGGCGAGCGAUGAGGAAUAUGAGAUUGUCGAAGAGGAGGAAGAGGUAGUCGAGAGUGGAACAAUUGUCAAGGCACCGACCAAGGCUUUGGAACGACGGAAGGAGGCCGAGGAGAUGGGUGACGAGACGACGACGUUCCACGGAUCCGCCGAGUACGAUUACCAGGGUAGGACUUAUAUGCACGUUCCCCAAGACUUGGACAUCGACCUUCGAAAAGAAGUGGGAAGCAUCACCAACUUUAUUCCCAAGCAUCAGAUUCACUCUUGGAAGAACCAUUCCAAGGCGAUCACCGCGUUGCGCUUCUUCCCUUCGUCUGGACAUUUGCUCUUAUCAGCCAGCGCCGACACUACCGUCAAGAUCUUCGAUGUGUACCACGAGCGAGAGCUCUUACGAACAUACUCUGGACACUCGAAAGCUAUUUCAGAUAUUUGCUUCAACACAUCGGGCACUCAGUUUCUCUCUUCUUCUUACGAUCGCAUGAUCAAGCUCUGGGAUACUGAGAAGGGUGUUUGCGUGAGCAAGUUCACGACUGGCAAGACUCCUCAUGUCAUCAAAUUCAACCCUGAUCCUGAGCAUGCGAAUGAGUUUUUGGCCGGUAUGUCGGAUAAGAAGAUUGUCCAAUUCGACAUUCGAACACCGAACGAGGUUGUCCAGGAGUAUGAUCACCACUUAGCUGCCAUUAACACCAUCACAUUCGUCGACGAGAACCGACGCUUUAUGACAACUUCUGACGACAAAUCCCUCCGAGCAUGGGACUACAACAUUCCCGUGCCCAUCAAAUACAUUGCUGAACCAGAUAUGUACCCUAUGACCCGCGCAGCUCCCCACCCCAGCGGCAAAUACGUCGCAUAUCAGAGUUCCGAUAACCAGAUUCUCGUCUAUGGCGCAAACGACAAGUUCCGGCAGAACCGAAAGAAGAGCUACCGCGGUCACAACAACGCUGGUCUUGGCAUCGAUCUCGACUGCAGUCCUGAUGGACAAUUCCUUGCUUCAGGUGACUCUGGUGGUUAUGUAUGUUUCUGGGACUGGAAGACGUGUAAGAUGUAUCACAAGUUCAAGGCCGGUAACCAGGCUGUCACCACUGUCAAGUGGCAUCCUCAAGAGACCAGCAAGGUGGUUACGGCGGGUCUGGACGGUGAGAUUAAGUAUUGGGAUUAG